UCGAGUGUGUAUUAAUUCACACAUCUGAAUGAAAGACAGAAAAAAAUGACUAAACUCCAACUCUUGAAUCGUGCUCUAACUGAGCGCCUGAUGGCGGCGUUGGAGGAAAUUAUGGGCAUGGUCGGAGGCACGGUAUUAGAGUACGAAGAGGAGACAGUCCGAGCGAGGAAGGAGAACGAGAUUCUCAGACGGAGGUUACGAUGGAUGGAGGGAGAGACACCAACGGACUGGCCAGGCCAAACGCAGCCAUCUCCUGUUUCUGUCCCAGUUGAAAUCACACCAACUGAUCCUCAGGACCAGAUCACCAGUCAGGCACAGGCAUCGGCACCUGAGCUCCAGGCUAUUAAAACAGAACCCAUCGAAGUGGCUGUUCCCCUGCCAGUCAGUGCAGAUGCCAACCUCAGAGUAUCUCCUCAUAACACUGAUCUCCAGUCAGUUAAUCCCGGAAUCGAUAUUGCUAUCGAUUCCGUCAUUACGGACACCAGGUACUGGGAGUCGCCUUAUAGCUACAUGGCCCCUCUUGAUCACGAUCCAACCUUGCCCACGAGGGUCCGACGAUGGAGGGGAAGGGUGAGGAGUCAAAAGAUGUCGUUUGCAUGCCCCAUGUGUGGCAAAGUCUUUGCUCGAGAGUCACGGCUGGUGUUGCACAUGCGUAUCCAUUCAAGCGACAGACCGUAUGCCUACCGUCAGCGCAAAGCGUGUUUCUACGGCGACAGGAAACAAAAGAAGAACAGAGGCCUCCGUGGCCAGCCGUCGAGAGAAAGUGUGGACGAGUGGUCAGACUUUUCUGAGCAGACAGAAAUGAGCGAGUCGUCUGCAGUGCGUAGCAUGCCAACGAUACAUCAACAGGCCCCGCCCACAAGCCCCGCCCCAGAUCAUCUGGAGGCGGGGCCAGUCAGUGUAUCCAGUAUUUCCGGCCAUAAAGUUGGCAGGAAUGGCCCACAUAGCAAUAAAGCCCUUUCUAAUCAGAGCCAACCGGUGCCGUCUGGGGUCAAGUCGAGGCGCGGAGGAGAGGAAUAUCAAGGGAAGGUGUUUCCGUGCACAGAAUGCGACAAGACCUUCCCUCGCUCAUCCUGGUUGGCAUUUCACAUGAAGACCCACUCAAAACAGAAACCGUCCAAAAUGAGUACAGAUAAGACUGUCCCCAAAAAUCAAAAAGUGGAAGAGCAGCAUUUUCAGUGCCCAAGGUGCGAUAAGAGUUUUUCUCGUAAACCCCAGCUGAAGUUUCACAUGAGAGCUCACCUGAAAGAGAAGCUGCAAUCCAAACGUCAACGCAAGGAGCCGCUAGACGACGCCGACGGAACACAGAAGAAGAAUCAACAUGUUCCGUGUGAGGCAUCAAAUGUAAGUACAGAUAAGACAGUCACCAAAAGUCGAAAAGUGGAAGAGAAGCGAUUUCAGUGCCCAAAGUGCGAUAAGAGAUUUUCUCGUAUACCUCGGCUGAAGUUUCACAUGAAAACCCACUGGAGUAAGAAGCUGCAAGCCAAACCCCAGCGCAAAGAACUGUCAGACCGUGAAUUGCCACAAAAGAAGAACACGGUUGUUCAAACCGAGCCAUCUAAAAGAAGUGAUGUUGAGGAGAGGAGUAAGAAGAGGAAAAAUUUGAAGAAGGAGGAAAGUGGAGAACGCGCUGAAAACGCGAAGAUUCGUUUUCAGUGUCAGCACUGUGAAAAAAGUUUUCCGCGAGAGAAUUGGCUGGCGUUGCACAUGAAGACACACAGAAAGCAGCCGAACUUCAGGCAUCGAGACAAGAGGCGGGAUGAAGGUGGUGAAACGCAAACGCGAAAGCCUCGCGUUCACACAGAGCCUUCAAAGAGAAGAGUAGGUAACACGUUCAAGAGAAAUAAACAAGCUGAAGUUCAGAAGAAACAUCUGAAGUGCCCGCACUGCGAAAAAGCUUUUUCACGAAGGGCUUGGUUGAUACUGCACAUGAAAGCGCACUCGAAGCAGAAGUUACGUGCGGGCCACAAGCAGAAGGUGCUUGUUGACGACAACGAAAAACACAAGACAUCUCACCUUCAUGUGGAGCCGCCAAAAGGAAACCUAAAUGAAAUGGGUGCUGAAGGAGGACAGGUUGGACAGAAGAUUUUCCAGUGUCAGCACUGUGAAAAAAGCUUUCCCCGUGCCUACUGGCUCGUUUUGCACAACAAGGUGCACUCUAAAGAGAAGCUAAAUGCCAGUUACAAAGACAAGGAUCGGGACAAGUGUGAAGAAAGGCAAAUGGGAAUUUCUCCUGUUCAGGAGUCACUGAGUGGAAGUACAGAGGACGUGACCGCGGGAAGGGCACCAGCCGAAAGUCGAAAGAACUCUUUUCCCUGCCCUCAGUGCCACAGAGUUUUCACUCGGGGGGCCUGGCUAAAGCAACACCUGUACAGACACGCGAACAAGACUUCUAGGGAAGAGGGACGACGUUCCCUCAGAGCACCCGCUAAGGUGACGUGUGACAGCAGAGUGGACCAGAUGACCCAACGGAGCCGCAUUCAGCCAUCAGAGGGGAAAUUACGUGAGCCUAAGGUGAAAGAGGACGAAGGAGAGGACAAAGAGAAGAAAACGUUUCCUUGCCCGAAAUGCGGAAGAGUCUUCAUUCGGGAGGGCUGGCUGGCGCCUCAUAUACGGAGUCACGACAAAGAGAAGCCAAAGGAGGGGGAGGUGGUUGUGUUGGAGCGCAUCCACGAUGUGAAACGUACGACGAGGAGCAGUCGUGUUUACAGCAAGUCAUCAGACAUCCCUGAGAAUAAGAAUGAAGGAGGUGGGAGUGGUGGCAAAAUCGGCCAUUUCCAAUGUAAGCAGUGUAAUCAAGUCUUCGACAGCGAAAUCUGGUGGAAAGUCCACAUGCGGAUUCACGCGUGCGAAAAACUCAAGGCCUAUCAACAGGAGACGAGGAACGAGACUCUGGACACACAGUUGUCCGAAGGAAACCCAAGUGAGCCACCGGUAAAGGAGUCGGUGAACAGAAUGGGAAAGUUGAGGGUUCAGAAGGGGUCGUUUCCUUGUCCUCUUUGUGGCAAAGUUUUCCCGUGGGAGAUGAGACUCAUGUUACAUAUGCAGAUCCACUCGGGCGAGAAACCGUAUCUCUACCGUCAGCGCAAGGAGCAGUUCUACGGCGAUUUGACAAAGAGGAAGACCUCAAGUAUUCAUACCCAGGAGCCUUCCAGGGAAAACAGUGAACAUAGUGACGAUUUGUCGGAUUCGGCCUGCGAAGAAACGGAGAAAAAUUACGGGAAGUCAGAGCCAACUACAAGCCAGGAACAUACCUCAGAACCAAUCAAAACGUCUCAACCUCACAUGGUCAGCACUGACCCCACUGUCAGCCCCCUACCUCAGAAUACUGUAACAAAGUCAACCAGCAUUGCCUCCAGCUUGAGCGAAGAGGCGUUCGAUAUAGAACCAGACAGUACUGCAACAAGCUGCUGUAAUUUACAGCCCAGGAUUGUUCUACAGUCUAUUAUAUCUGAAUCCAAGUACUGGAAGGCAGGGCUUGGAAGUGUCCAAGAAAACGUCAGCUCUGAAAUAUCUGACCUUGAGUUACCGAAGACAUCCGACCAGGAGUUGGUUGAUGCUGCUGUCAUUAGUGCUGAACACAAACGGAUCAAUAGUUGUAAUGUAACCAUAAAUUCACUUGAAAUCCCUGAUGCGUCGGGCGGCAAACAAACAGAGUCACCUGACACCGGCAACAUAGUCGCUCCAGAAACCACUGAUCCACCUUCUGUCUGUGCUGAUAUAAACCCCAAGGCAUCAGAGCCAACCAGUGACGUGGAAUCAGUCUCUGGCGUCUCUGAGGUCACUGGAGUCCUCAUCACCAAGGACAGUCUCCAGAAACCUUCAUGUGACCAACCUGAUAUUGGCAACUGCAACCUAGACAUUUCCUCAGAUGCCAACCGCACUGUUUUACCACAGACAGCCGAUAUGAAGCACACUAAAGAUGCAGACACUGAGUCAAUCCAAAAAGACUGUCAGGUGAACAAUGGCAAAGGUAACUUUGCAGCUAAAAGCACUGACACUAGUACAUUCUUGAAAGCCUCAAAUGAAAAACCAGAACUGUGUGGAGGCCCUGCAAGUUCCUUCACGGCGAGUAAUAGUUCCUGCAGUGUAGAGCCAGCUGAUGUUGUUGUGAGUGCCUCUGACACGGUUGAAGAGAGCAAGUAUUCACCCAGAGGUUUGCCUGUAGACAGCGCUACUUCAGACCUUAUUGAAUCUGAGACUGAUAACCAUGACAGAACCGUGUCCUCUAAUGCAGGUUCUGUACUGCUGGCCACGAGCACUGAUCCAGAAUCAGUUUCCAAUGAAUCUCGUGCCACUGGGGCGUCGCAAACUGCUGAUCCAAAGCAAGUUGAGGCUACUUUCACAACCAACAUUAAUGAGCCGAUCAGCAGUGGUGAUGAUGGCUCUAAACUGCUCCCUCACUCAGAGAACAGUAACGCAGAUAUCGGAGUUCAAAAUACCAAACAGUUGGGAGCUUCAGAAAAGUCCAUGAUGCCUGUUCAAAAGCUCACAAACGGGGCCCCGGCAGAUGCUCCUGACAUUACACAUCCAUCCAAACCACCUAAGGAGGAUGCUGCUCUUCCGGAUUUAACUUCAGCUGCGUUCAGUGACCACAGCACCAGAGAAACACCUCCAGCCACUGAGCUGAAUUCAGGUAAUGCUGAAACGAGCUGCAGUGUCCCACAAAGCACUGAUUUGACACCAGUCGUUGCUGCUUCACCGGCAAAUACAAGUGAUCAGACAGACAGUAUUGAUACAACUACCGCGGAUCAAGAGCAGAGUGACGAAACGAUAGUUAACCAGAAAUCAGCACUGGGUUCUCAUAUAGAAAGCUCAACCCCUGACACCAGGCAAGAUUUGUCCAUGCAUGGCACUGACACUGACUUGCCUGUGACCACAGACCGGAAGCCAGUCAACGUCAAAAACAGCAACCUCUUAUCAGGGCAAACUACUGACUCAGAAGUAGAAGGAGAGAGCAUCCCAGACGACAUGGACUGUGAAUUUGGCAGCGACGGGCCGAACAGCGGUAUGGUUGCCUCUAACACCGAUCAGGUCGCGGUUGCCGGUCUCAAGCCAAGUACGGAGAGGGUCGAAGGAAAGAGGUUGUUUCGGUGCAAGUUAUGUAGCAAAGUCUUCGAUCAGGAGAUUUUACUCACAGAGCACAUUGAAGAGCACAGGAGGACUAUGGACGAUGAGGAUGGUGAUGAGAACGGCGGGACAGCAAAGAGGAGACGCCGCGUCCGCAUCCAGCCGGUGAAAAAAAUCAUUGACUUCUCUGGGAGUUCAGAGGACUCUGAGGAGAGCGACGCAUCCAGCAACGAAGCCCAAACUCCUAAGCCGUCCGGUAGAGCAAGUUCCAACAUGACGAACCAAAGAGGGGAGAGCAACCAACGAACGAAAUGGUGUUCCAAGAAACAGUACUGCUUAUAUUGCCGGAAGCCGUACAUUAAGUUGGCACGACACCUUCGAAGCGUUCAUUUCGCAGAGCCCGAAGUUGCCAAAGCUUUCAGCCACACGAAAUACUCAGAAGAAAGAAAAAGCUUAUUGGUCCUUAUUCGAAACAAGGGGAACUUUCUUCACAACACAGAGGUGGCAAGAACCGGCAAGGGAGUCCUGGUUCCUUGUAAAAGGACGUCUUCCUUGACCUCGGCCGACAAUUUCGAUUACUGCAAGUAUUGUCAAGGGUUGUACCAACGAAAAGAUAUGUGGAGGCAUGCCGUGAGAUGUAAGCAUAACGUCCCAGGUAAAGAACAGGACCCUGCUGAGACCAGCGGCAGUGCAGUUUCUCCCACAGCUGAGCCGGCGUGCUCUGGUUCUCCUUCGCACAGAACAGGUGACCACGCGGCACUCAACCUUGAACAACAAUGUUACCCAGAGGCAGCACAGAAUCAAGCUGAGUCAAGCUGCCCAACCACCGAGUCGGUAGACGACGCCAGCAACGGCGCACCGGUGCGACAGACUGCUGAUCCAGUUGUGGUUAGCCCAGAUACCCCAGAUAAUGUUAGUGGCCUGAAUGGUAAUGAUGGUGUCCUUAGAUCUCUUUCCAGCGAUGACAUUUUCACCAACUGUGACCAAACCUCACACAGUGAGGCUGAGCCCAGCAGAGGUGGAGCUGAUCAGAGUGUGGAGUGUGUCGGCGAUGAAGAGCCUCCACCUGCUGAUGCUAAGCCAUCGGAGCAGCUGGAUGAAGCGUCGCCAGGCAAGAUGGACCAAAGGUCAGAUGAUGAUGAUGACGGGAAAGAAGUAAAGUCACCUAAGAAACUGGGAGAAUCUAAGGAUCAAGACGGUGAGACUGUGUCGCCCAACUCAAAAACGUAUAGCUGUGACCACUGCAACGCCGUUUUUCACACUUCCUACAACCUGCGAAGGCACGUCUACACUCACACUGGGGAAAGGCCGUUCUGGUGCAGCCAGUGUAACGUGGGCUUCAUUCAAAAAUACCGCCUGCGGAAACACAAGCUGGUCCACCAUGGUGAUAGGCCCUGCCGUAGCGAGAAGCAGAGGAGGAGCACAUCCAGCGUAGAUCAGAAAUCUCAGAGUAACACCAGCAGACAGCCACUCAGAGAAGGUUCUGGUGGAAAACAUUCAGAAGCCACUGAGUACACAGAGAAAAGAGACGCAUCGACUAGCAGAGACUGAGAUGAGGCAGAGGGCGAAGAUGCUCGGAGAAGACCGACGGUCAGUGACGGAACAUCGUGUCUCCCCGUGUCGUCUGUGUGGCGUUAAAGACUGUAACACAAAACGCGACUCUUC